AUGGGCCCCUCAGGCUGCUCUCACGGGGGGCACCGCAGCAGGGACACGGAUAGGAGGGAUUACAGAAGGGAGCGGUGCAGCGUUAGCACCAGGCCCAGCAGCGGAAGGAGGUCAGCGGGUCGGCAGUGGAGCAGGGACAGGAGCCCAUCACACAGCAGGCGCAGUGGUUCCAAGUCCAGCUGCAGGGUGAGGAGAACGAGGUCCAGUUCCACGGACAUUCGGGGGAGGAGGCGGCGCAGCGCAUCUGGUUCCUCGGGCUGCAGUGCGCAGGGACGGCGGAGAGUCGCCAAGAGCAGGGAAGUUAGGCCGGUGAGGAGGUGCGAAGCUUGGAACAGUGAAAAGGAGCGUAGGGAGGAAGGACGGGUAGGGUCCCAGCGGUACAGUCUACCCAGGUUGUCUUCUCAUUACAGGUCGCGGAGCACUACCCCUACGGUCCUGAGGAGGGAUCAGGCGAAUAGCAGUCGGCGUCAUCCGGACACUCCGGGGCCUGAAAAGGUGGACGGAAGGUCGGCAUCCCCGGGGCCUGGCACGGCCGGGGUCUCCAGCGUGGGAUCGUUUUCGGGGAGCAGCGCCAGAGGCACGGGAACACGGGCAGGCCUGCCCGGACGAGAUGUGGCGACUUGGGACAUCGUGCUUGGGGAAUAUAUAAAGAAAUCGUUGGCGCCGAGCACGUGGUCAUCUUAUGCUAAGGUUUGGAAGGAAUGGGAGGAAACAGUAGAGGAGGUAGGUGGGGACUUUUCCGAAGGCCAUAGGUUGGAUGUCUUUUUAUGGUUGCUGUGCCGUUUAUUUGCGAAGAGGGCUUCGCCAGCCAUGGUAGACAGGCAUAUGUCCGCCUUGGCUUUUUGGUUUAAAUUCCAAAGGUGGGAAGAUUUGACAAAACAUUUCUUGGUUCGACAGGCGGUACGGGGUUUUCUGAGGGGGAAGAAGUCGACGGACAUUAGGAGGCCGGUGUCCUUUGCGGUCUUACAAGGAUUAGUGGGAACAUUGCCUGGGUUAUGUUCAUCACCAUUUGAAGUUGUACUGUUUUCUGGAGCAUUUGUUUGGGCGUUCUUUGGGGCAUUUCGGAUUGGUGAGUUAGUCAGUGCUAACAAGGCAGGAGUUGGUGGCUUACAGCGCGAUGAUGUGGAGGUGAGAAGCGAUCGCGUACGGAUUAGGCUUGGCCGAUCGAAGACUGAUGUUUUCGGCAAAGGCUGCUCAGUGGUGCUGUUCGAGUUGCCGGGGUCAGGGAUGUGCCCGGUGGCUUGCGGUGCAAGAUACAUAGACAUCCGUCCAAACGUCGGCGGUUGUUUUUUCUUACACGCCGACUGCACGGCGUUGUCACGGUUUCAGUUCAUUCGGAUUUUCCGUUUAGGUUUAGUGAGGCUGGGCCUGCAGCCCAUGCAGUUUGGGUCGCACUCGUUCCGGAUUGGGGCGGCUAUGGAGGUGGCACGUUUGGGCCUCGGGGACGAGCGGAUUAAGAGAAUUGGGAGGUGGGAAUCGUACGUGAGGCCCGACGGGAUGGUGGAACUUGGAGGGGACAAAAGGCCGGGACAGGUGGGCAGUGGCGCUGCUGUAUAA